AUGCCCACUCCUCUCCUGCUCUUCUCCCUCCUCUUCCUUGCCUCUGUGGGAAUCAGGCCUCUGGAAGCACGGCUGGUGAAGGUUACAGAGGGAGAUAAUGCUUUGUUGCAGUGCCUCAAAGAUCCCCCAGACGAUGGCCCCAAGCAGCUGAACUGGUCUCGGAUGCCCCAGGAAGAAUCCUUGUUGGCAUUGAAACAAGGGUUACCAGGCCUGGGCAUCGAGAAGGGGCCCCAGAAUGUCUGGCUGUUCGUUCUCAACAUCUCUGAGCAGAUGGGGGGCUUCUACCUGUGCGAGCUGGGGCAUCCUUCCAAGCAGCCGGCGCAGUCUGGCUGGGCAGUCAGCGUGGAGGGCAGCGGUGAGGUGCACACUGGGGCAGGGAGGGCGGCUGGGAAGAGGGAGGCACACUGUGGGUGGAGGACGACCACUGGGUCCUCAGAGGGCCCCAGGACCAUGAGCUCCAAGCUGUAUGUGUGGAAACGAGACCACCUUGAGACCUGGGAUCCUGCAUGUGCUCCCAAAAGGGGCAGGGGAAACCAGACCCUCACCACCCAAGACCUCACCGUGGCCCCUGGCUCCACGCUCUGGCUGCCCUGUAAGAUGCCCCCUGCCCCUGGAGCCAGAAACCCCAUCUUCUGGACCCAUGUGCGCCCUGAGAAGCCUAACAGCACAUUGCUGCACCUAGAACUGUGGGAGGAUCACCCAGGCACGGAGAAGUGGGUCCUGAGCAUCCUCAAGGGAGGGGCGACUCUGUUAUUGCCCCAGGUUACUGCUCAAAGUACAGGCAUCUAUCACUGUCACCUUGGCAACAGGACCAUCGAGAUGAAGCUGGAGGUCACCGCCCAGUCAGUCUUAUGGCAUUGGCUGCUGGAGACUGGUAGCUGGAUCGUCCCUGCUGUGACUUUAAUUUAUCUGAUCUUGUGCCUGGGUUUCCUGUUGGUCUUUCUUCAUAUUCGAAGAGCGCUGACCCUGAGGAGGAAAAGAAAGCGAAUGACUGACCCCACCAGAAGGUUCUUCAAAGUGACGCCUCCCCCGGGAGGCGGGGCCCAGAGCCAGUACGGGAACGUGCUGUCCCUCCCCGGGCCCACCUCAGGCACUGCACGCUCCCAGCGCUGGGCGGCAAGCCUGGGGGCCGCCGUGCAGUCCUACGGACACCCGCUCAGCGACGUCCAGGAGGCCGGAGCCGCAGCGUCCCGCAGCCCCCUGGGAGCGGGCCCAGAAGAAGAGGAAGGGGAGGCUUACGAGGAGCCGGACAGCGAGGAGGGCUCCCAGUUCUACGAGAACGACUCCAACCUAGAACAGGACCAACUCUCCCAGGAUGGCAGUGGCUAUGAGAGCCCUGAGGACGGGACUUUGGAUCCUGAAAACGAUGAUUCCUUCUCCAAUGCUGAGUCUUAUGAAAAUGAGGAUGAAGCGCCCCCUCAGCCAGUAAUCAGGAAAAUAGACUUCCUGAGCCCCCAUCGGUCAGGUUGGGACCCCAGCCAGGAGGCAACCUCCCUUGGAUCCCAGUCCUAUGAAGACAUGAGAGGGAUCCUGUACGCAGCCCCCCAGCUCCGCUCCCUUCGGACCCAGCCUGGUGCCAACCAUGAGGAAGAUGCAGACUCUUAUGAGAACAUGGAUAACCCUGAUGGGCCAGAACCAGCCUGGGGAGGAGGAAGCAGCAUGGGCACCUGGGGCGCCAGGUGAUUCCUGCAGAGCCUGGUCCUCUUCAGACCCCUGAGACCCACACCUGACUCUGAAAUCUGGGGACCCCCAACUAGACCAUGUCAGUCUCUGAGCAGCAGUGCUCAGGAUGUGUGUAUCUGUGUGUGAGUAUGAGCGUGUGCGCGUGUGCAUGUGAAUACAACUGGA